AUGGACGACAUCCCGCAAAUGAAUCUGUUCGAUUCUGUCGACCAACUCCCUGCCUUGAACGCGCAUCAAGAUUUCUUGCCAGCUAAUACAGUCGCCCCGAGCGACUCUCUUGUCGGCGGCUAUGGUAAUCAGCUUCGAUCUUGGAACCAGAACCAGAACCAGUAUCAGUCUUACAGUAAUUCAUCUAACGUCCCUUUCAAUACGGCUUAUAUGCUACUUCAAAAUGAGACGUAUGCUCUCCGGACGGCGAAAGCCAACCUGGAGAAGCAGAACGCUUCUCUAAUCUCUUGUAACCAAACUCUUGCAAACGCGUUGGCGAGGCUCUCUGCAACUCCCAACUCUGGCCAUGGCGUCAAACGCCCGUCUGAACCCCAUUCUUCUGAUACCAUCAUCAUAUCAUCCUCACCACCGUCCUCGACCACCUCUCUCUCUGUCACCGAAGGCCCACCUCAAAAGCGGAUCAAGCUCGAGAAAAAAGCCCCAUCGGCGCCCAAACGUACACGCGCCGACUUCCCCAACGUCAAGUGGUGGGAAGAGGACGUUUAUGAUCGAUGGAUCGAAUCUGCAGCGGUCGUAUCCCGAGGGAUCCUCGACACGCAGCUCCCCUUCCUCGAGACGGAGCUCGGCAAGCCCAUCUCGAAGCAGGAGAUGGGCAAGCUCAUGCGGGCAUGCAGGACCAUCUGGCAUACCCUCGAUGUCGAGGGUAUCGCCCCCGAGUCCUGGGGCCUUGCCAGCAGCCACGCACUCGGCCGCUUCACCGACGAGCUCGUCGCCCUCUUCCCCUGGAUCCUCGCCUCGGACGAUAACUGGAAGAUCGUGCGUCUGGCGCGAAUCCGGUACCCUUCAUUCAUGCAGAACCAGCGCGACCGCAAGAAGAAGGCCGCUGCCGCCGCCGCUCUUGUUGUCGCUGUCCAAGUCAAACAAGAGCCGGUGUCUUCUCCAUCGGCCGAGGUCCAGCCGCUAGAGGCCAAAGACAAAGGGAAGGCGAAGGCAACAGAUGACGACGCAUACGCGGAGGACUUUGCCCUCAACACCGCCGAGGCUCAGUUGCACGGAGUGGAUGUGGAUGACGCGGGCGACCAGGAGUUGUUCCCUGAGGUUGGCAGCCCCUUCGCUCCCUCAGGAGCGCUGCCCGAAGCGGGGCCAAGCCGACGUCAGCCCCGUUCAGUACAAGCGCCCGGCUCGUCGAUAUCUACGGCAUCAAGGUCCUCGGUCGCUCCUCUGUCGUCCCCCGCCCCUCUCCCGGUACCUCUCCCGGUUCUUUUGACAUCCGUGCCCGAUUCCCUGCCCGCCUCCGCGCUCGUUCCAGAGCCCGCCUCUGAGCCCGCCUCCGAGCUUGCCUCCGCGCCCACUCUGCGGUCAGGCACAGUCGCUCGAGUCAGCACUGGGUCCACCGCUGGGAAAAGGCUAAUGAAGCCGGCCAAAACGCGAUCUGGAAGAACGUUGGCACAGCUCCGUUACCUCAAGAGCAAGGGUGAAAUUACCGUCGAAGGCUUCAACAAGUGGUGGAAGAGCCUCAGCGACGACAUUCGAGAGAAGUACAAUAAGGACGCUGAAGCACUUAUCACGGAGAAUACGUGGAUUAACAAUACUGCCGCCGCCGUCGUCGCCGCCGUCUCGCUGGGAACGUUCUACGACUUGGAGCAAUGUGGAGUAUAG